GCAGACAAUAAUUCCAUUCAAAUUAGUACAAUUAACUGGAUUCAUGUCAAUACAACUGUUCAGAGUAAAUUCCUACAAGAAUUGAGACGAGAGAGGAGUUUGUUGAAAUCAUAACACUAGGAAAUAUAUCUAGAAAUGUUGUAUUUUACACAAGCCACAACCUAGAGGUGUACCACCACAUGUCACACUAUGGCAGCGAUAUGGAAUCCAUCAUUCGUUCCAUUAGUUCUAGCUAUCGCAUUCUUCUUAGGAUUGGUUUGGCACCAGAACAUACUAAAGAUUAAUCUGGAAGAUAAGUUUCAAAGGUGUGCUGCAGCAGCUCUAAAAAUAAAGAAAGAACCAGUGAAGGAAGAGAAAGAAUUACCGGUUAUAAGUGCACUCCAAAGCAAAAUAAAUAACAUCUUUCAUAACAUUGAAAAACAUAUUCCCACUGUCAGAUUGACUUCCUUCAAUAGAAGUACAAGUGCGAGGAAUAGUAAAGCUUUUAUAUCAAACCCUAGAGCACAGUAUUGCAUCGGGGAAGACCUUGUGGUCCAGCUUGACAUGUAUGACUACAUCAACAAAAGGAAGACAUAUGGAGGAGACUUUAUUAGAUCAAGACUCUUUUCUCAAGAGCUUGGAGCCUCUGUGUCUGGAAAAGUGGAAGACUUGAAUAAUGGAUCCUACUUUGUCCACUUCCCUUUAUACUGGGAAGGCAAUGUACAGGUGUCUUCUAUGUUAUUUCACCCAAGUGAAGGCAUCUCAGCUCUAUGGAGGUCUAGACAUUCAAGUUUAGGUGUUUUAGGGUUCCAAGGAAAAUUUGAAAACUUUACUCAAAAUGCAGUAACUGAGUGUCACUUCAAACUUAAUACAACAAAGGAGGUUUGUGAGUACCUGGAUCCAGAUGACGAAGAGGCAUUUUACUGCAUCAAACCGUCUGAUCUACCAUGUGACUCUUUGACAGAUAUGAAGGCAGUUAACCUUUUUUCUUCAUAUCUCACUAAAGAGGAAGCAAAACUGUUUCAAAGGUCCAAUAUUGCUGUUGAAAUUCCUAAAAAUUUCAAGGUCAUUAAUGUUGAAAAUUGUAAAAAAUACAAUGACACAGCAAAGCCAAAGUGUGAGACAGGAAUGACCUCUCCUUUUCCAAGUGGAUACUUUUAUAAGAACAUCUGGAACCCUGUUUAUUGCAACAUGACCCUCUACACAACAAAGGAGCACUUUAUUAAAUGCCUACAAAGGAAGAAACUGUUUCUGAUUGGGGAUUCAACCCUUCGUCAGUUCAUUAUGCAUUUUACAGAAGGCGUCAAAAUACUUGAUUACUUUGGUAACCAUGAGAAGGGAUGGAGCAGUUGGCCUCGGACACGUUUGGCUUUGAGCAUGGAAAAAGAUAUUUUUGUGUUAUACAAAAGACAUGGAUUCCCCCUGGAAUGUUCCGCCUUCUACUAUUUUAAAGAGGACAUGUACACAAGUCGCCAAAUUGAUCUGCAAGGUGGAGGAAAAGACACCAUAAUUGUGAUUACCAUGGGACAGCACUUCAGACAAUUCCCUCUUCAACUCUAUAUUAGAAGAGCUCUGAACAUUCGUCGAGCCAUAGAACGGCUUUUCCUGAGAAGUCCAGACACUAAAGUCAUCAUCAAAACAGAGAACACUAGAGAGAUGACUGCUCCAGUGGAGAGAAUUGGGGACUUUCAUGGGUACACACAAUAUCUGGUACUUAGAGAGGUUUUCCAGGGAAUUAAUGUUGGCUUUGUUGAUGCCUGGGACAUGUCAGUUUCAUCAGCAACUGCAAAUGUUCACCCACCAGGAUAUACACUUCAGGGUAUCAUGAGCUUGACUUUCACAUUUGCUUGUUAUUAAAAAUGCAU